AUGGUUCCCCAUUACGUCACUCACAAGGAAGACAUCCGUUGCUUAACCACCCUUAGCCACUUUGGGUUUGAAUGUUUCCCCACCCAGAUGGUGAACAAAUCCAUCCGGAAAGGAUUCUCUUUCAAUAUUCUCUGCGUGGGAGAAACUGGAAUUGGAAAAUCAACAUUGAUCAACACACUGUUCAACACUAAUAUGAAAGAGAGCAAGUCUUCCCAUUUCUACUCCAAGGUCGGACUCAAAGUAAGGACAUUUGAACUUCUGGAAACAAACAUCCCACUGAAAUUGACCGUGGUGAAAACAGUGGGGUAUGGUGACCAAAUCAACAAAGAAGCCAGCUACCAGCCACUCGUGGACUACUUAGAUGCUCAGUUUGAGCUGUAUCUCCAGGAGGAGCUGAAGAUCAAACGCUCCUUGUGUGACUAUCAGGAUUCUCGCAUCCAUGUGUGUUUCUACUUCAUCUCACCCACCGGACACUCCCUUAAGUCCCUGGACCUGCUGACGAUGAAGAACAUCGACAGAAGGGUGAAUAUCAUACCACUGAUUGCCAAAGCCGACUCGCUUUCCAAAAGCGACCUCCAGAGGUUCAAGAGUAACAUAAUGAGGGAGCUGACCAGCCACGGCAUCCAGAUAUACCAGUUCCCAAUAGAUGAUGAAACUCCGGCGCAAGUAAGCACCUCAGUAAAUGGGCUGUUACCUUUUGCUGUGGUAGGAAGUAUGGAGGAGGUGAAAGUUGGAAAAAGGAUGGUCAGAGGCCGCCAUUACCCUUGGGGAGUUUUGCAAGUGGAAAAUGAAAGUCACUGUGACUUUGUGAAGCUCCGGGAUUUGCUUCUGUCUACUAACAUGGAGGAUCUGAAGGACCAAACCCACGUUCAACAUUACGAAUGUUAUAGGAGAAACAGACUGCAGAAACUUGGCUUCAACGACACGGGCCGAAACAAUCAGCCAGUGAGUUUCCAAGAGAUGUAUGAAGCCAAGAGACAAGAGUUCCAGGCUCAGUGUCAGAGGGAGGAGGAGGAACUGAAGCACAUGUUUAUGCAGCGAGUCAAGGAGAAGGAGCUGACCUUUAAGGAUGCUGAAAAGGAGCUGCAGGACAAAUUUGAACACCUGAAGAGAAUCCAACAAGAGGAGAUCUUGAAGCUGGAAGAAGAGAGACGAAAGUUAGAAGAGCAAAUCAUCGAUUUUUACAGGAUGAGGGCUGCCUCGGAUCCGCCACAGACUCCGGCGUGCACCAAUGUAAAGAAGGACAAAGAUCGUAAGAAAUGAUCUUUUCUUGCCAUUCUGGCUGCUUCAGAGGCCCGUUAUCCUCUAUGCGUAUACCUGUGAGCUUGUCUUCACAGCACUUUAACUUUGUGCCUGGAAGUCUAAUGUUUUCUAAAGUUAUUUUAGCACAUGUCAUUCUGCACUGGAGUUUCAAAUUCUUGGGAGGAAGACGCCUUGUGUGUCUUGGUGGUGCAGCAUAGACUAGCACUCCACAGUACCCAGUAAAUAUUUUAUUAAUCAACAUAAGCAAGAAGUACAUAGCAUAGUAUAAAACAGGUAUGGUCAGACAAGAGGACAUUCUUUUAGCGUAGAUGUGCCUUUGACCCAAGUAGUGAUUUUUACAAUUUCUGUCUCUUGAGAGUUUUUACUUUGUAUGUGUGUGUGUUGUGUUUGUUUAUUUUUAUUUUUUUUUUUGAGACAGGGUCUCACUCUGUAGCUCUAGCUGUCCUGAAACUCUUGGUGUUGAUCAGUCUGCCCUUGAACAGCGAUCCUCCUGCAUCUGCCUCCCAAGUGCUGGGACUGUAAGCAUAAACCACCCUGCCUAGCUCUAUUGAAUUUUUCUUGAGG